AUGGAAGCGGCAACAUCUCCAACCAACUUCAAGACCCUCCGUCGUUCCACUCGUAAAAUCGCUCCCAAUCCCCGGUACCUCCAGUCAACCACCCAGGCCCCAGCUGCCACCUCCAGCGCUCGAGGGUUGACUGGCUUGGGUCAAGGAAAAUCCAUUCCUCAUCACGAGGGCGGACAUUCAAGGACGUCCAUCCUCCGCCCGGUUACCUCGACCCCAGCUCUUCGAUAUUCCAGCGCUUCGACACUGGAAACCCUAUCGCCUGUCCGUACCACUAGAACAUCUAAAAAAACUUGGCUCUCACUAGUGACCAAGGCCAGGGCCGCAAGAAGGUUGCGCAGCUCAGCAAAUGUUAGGAGUCCGGAUGGUAGAGAUAACUCGAUAACAGAUGAAGGUAAAUGGGGCCGAGAGGAAGUGCUGCGACGCGUGCAGGGCGGCUGGGCCUCCCAGCUGAACAAGUCCACUGGCGAACAAGAACGCUCGAAAACUGGUGCGUCCAAAAGCCAAGGCGCACAAACUCAUCCCCACAAGCAAGCAUGCCCAGAAGCAGGAAAUGGCCUAUUCGAACCCGAGGAUGGUUUGAUCGACAUCAUGCCCGAUCAGAAUGGCGUUCAUCACAUCCCUCAAUCAUUAGAUGGCGGUGUCAGAAAGGAAUACUUCAGCUAUUCCGGUUCCUCGCCUACGAGGGGAUUGAGUCAUAGCAUGAGUAUGAUGAGUUUAGGGGAUUUGAGUUUGGCAGGUGACGCUGGCGAGGGAAGAGCAACCAAAAACAUCAGUUUCGUUGGGAGCGUGUACCUAGGAGAGGAUGAAAGCUGGGACAAAGAGGAGCUUCCAGGCGUCGCCCAGACAGCCGAACCUGUACAUUGGGCACCGGCCCCCACACGGUAUGAAAUGUACCUAGCAAGGAUGGGAGGGCCAGAAAGACGACCACUUGACUCGACCACCCCGGAAACUUGUGUGAACCCAGCCGACACCUUCCAGUCAUGA